AUGCCGAUAUCGAUAUAUGCUUCUGUCCACAAAAGUACGUGCGAUAUUCCUGGAACGGAUGUGGGCGGCGGCUUGAACCGCGCCGCGGAGGCUGCGGGGAAGCUCUACUUCGGGACCGCGACGAACAGCGAGCAGUGGAACGACACGACGUACUUCGACAUCCUCCGGAGCUCGGAGUUUGGGCAGAUCACGGCCGCGAACGUGAUGAAGUGGUUCGCGACGGAACCUUCCCCAGGGCACAACUGUGUCUGGCAUAGCCAGCUGCCGGACUGGGUCGCGAAUGGGACGUUUACACCGGAGGAGCUUGCGUUCGUCGUCGAACGGCACUGUUCGACGCUCGUGAGGCACUAUCGGGGACAUGUCUGGGACGUGAUCAACGAACCGUUCAACGACGACGGCACGUUCCGGUCUGACGUGUUCUUCGACACGCUCAACACGACGUACAUCCCCAUCGCGUUGCACGCGGCACGGGCGCGGAUCCGCACGCGAAGCUCUACAUCAAUGACUUCAAUAUCGAGGGUGUUGGCGACCGCGUUGAAGAACCUUGUCAAGACACUGCAGAAAGAACAUGUGCCGAUUGACGGCGUCGGCAUCCAGUCGCAUCUGAUCGUCGGCCAGGUCCCGGACACGUUCCUGCAGAACCUGCAGGAGUUCACGGCGCUCGGGAUCGAGGUCGCGCUCACCGAGCUGGACAUCCGCUUCGAGGCGCUGCCGCCGACCGCGGAAGGCGUCGCGCAGCAAAAGAAGGACUACGAGACCGUCAUCGCGGCGUGCAAGGCCGUCAAAAGUGCGUCGGGGUCACGCGUACGCGCGCAGUACUCGUGGAUCCCGGGUACGUUUGCCGGUCAGGGCUCCGCCUGCCCAUGGGACGAGAACUUUGUGCGCAAGUCGGCGUACUUUGGGAUCAUCGACGCAUUCGGGGCUUAA